AUGUUUGUUGGCCAACCGGCUAUUCUUUUUGUGCUUGCACUAUUUUUUGGUUUGGUUCAAGCUGAUGGGAUCAUAGAAUUCUCUGUAAAUUCUUCAAAACCAGUUCACCUUGAAGUCACAGUUUGUGUGAAUUUCGAAUGUAAUGGCCAUGACGAGCUUAGUGAAGUUCGUGAGAUAGAUGCAGAUGUCCCAUUCAAAUUUCACACUGGUUUGUACCAUGGACAAGCGCUGAAAAAGUACGAUCUGCAUGUGAAGAUUUUUGAUCCAGUCACGAAAAGUAUUCUUCUCAUAUCAAGCCACAAGCCAAAUGCUAGUACGGACUGGAAUUCGAUUCAUCAUUAUUACGAAGAGACAGAACUUCACAUAGAUAUCUGGUUCCGCAACAGAUGCUCCAGUGGCUUCUAUGGCAACAGAUGCGGACGAACCUGCCAGGCAUCUGAAAAAUAUCACUGGGAUUGUUCCAAAGAAGGAAAACGGAUAUGUUCACCAGGAUGGCAGGGUCCGACAUGUUCCUAUCCAAAAUGUGACCAAAGCUGCAAUCGUCGUGGAAUUUGUAUUGCCCCCAACAAGUGCGACUGUAAGAAUGGAUUCAGUGGUGAUGCGUGUGACCAGUGUGUUCCAAAGAGUGGCUGUAUCCAUGGACAAUGCUCUCAAAAUGUGCCGGACACUUGUGAAUGCAAACCGGGAUACGAAGGAGGAUUGUGUGACAGAGAAAUUUGUGGAUCUCUUAGCCCAUGUCUGAAUGGUGGUACUUGUAAGAUGGAUUCGAAUGAGCUUCUCGGGUACAAAUGUCAAUGUUCCCCGGAUUUCUCUGGAAAAUACUGCGAGACUCCCAUCAGUAAAAUUCACUGUUCUAACAGGGACAUGUGCCAAAAUGGAGGAAAAUGUAUUGCGUUGGACUCGACAACAAUAACAUGCAAAUGUAAUGAUGGUUUUGGUGGCGUUUUUUGUGAAAUCCCGGAAGAUUGCUCAUUGCUCCGAUGCUCCGAUCAAUACAGCUGUUUCUUAAUCAAAGGGCGGGCAAGAUGUGUCCUCGACGUCGAGAAAACCACUGUAACAGAGAAAAAAGAGCAAAACUUCUUUCAAACCCUUUGGUUUUUCUUGUUCUCCCUCACAUUCCUCUAUUUGUUGUAUGCUUCGUCCCCCUACUGGGCCCCAUUUCUUCGUCCAUCUCCGACCAUUCGAAGAAUUGUGAAUGAACGAAUCGUAAGAUACACGGCAGGUGCCGAUGUUGGCCGAGAAUUAGCCAUUCUCCACGGAUCUCAUCACCUCGCUUUAGAAGACAAUCGGAGAUCUAGCAGCCCGCCGCCCACGUAUUCGUCCCUGGAUCUCACAGAAUCCGGAUGUUGCACAGAAUCAUCAAGUCUGAAUCAGCUCGCCUAA